UGCUUGGAGAGUGAAACGUUCGUGAUGAAUAAAUGUGCUAUUAAGAAAUUAUAAAAAAAAUAACCAUAAAAUUAAACAGCGACGACAAACACAACAACAACAACAACCCUACGAACCAAUAAAAAAAUUAAUUGCAACAAAGUUGUAAUUAUCAGCGACAAAAGCAAUAACGACAUUUUUGUUGCUGACAGCGCAAGGUGUUGUACCUGUAUAUAAGCGCUACUUACAACAAAAACAAGCAUCACGCACACAUAUGUGACACAUACAUACACAUAUACACGCGUGUGUGGAAAUAUAGCAUCCUAGCGCUGAAGCGAUUGUGGGAAUUGUGAGCAUUCAACGCAUUAAUAUAUAGACUUCGUAUGUUUUUUGUAAUACAGCAAUAUAUAUUAGCGAAAAUUACAACUAAAGCAACAACGGCGACAAUAAUAAAAACAACAACAACAACGACGACGUUGCGCAUUACAAACGACACAUUGCAGCAAGCGUAACGCACAACGAAAGUGAAAGGCCAUCGGUGAAACGCUGCAGUACGAGAGCAACGGCAAAGGCAGCUACAACAACAACAACAACAAUACAAACAGCAUACAAGCCUUUUGGAAUGAUCAGAUAAUGGAGCGCUUCAUAAAGGCCAAUUUAUUUAUGAUUUGCUGCGUGGCGGCCGGCUUGCUACUGAUCGUCUAUUUGGGUGCGUUCUCGUGCGAAGUGUCUUGGAUAUUGGAAGCGCAUGGCGAUUUGCCGAUGUCAUCGUAUAUACUUUGCACACAAUUCUUCAUAGUUUUUGUGGCAACAACAAUACUCAUACAUGGACUGGUCACCGGUUUGCCGUGGGGCCUGUUCGCAUGGUCAGUCGUUAUUGGGCUACUUUCAAUACCGGAACUGAUAUUUGUCAUGAUUAUGACAACGCAGCACUGGGGCCUACAAUCGGUGCAUGGACUCACCGAGCUCAUUUCCUACCUCGUAAGACUGGUGAUAAAUUGCUUUGCGUUAAUUUGUGUGAUACCAACCGGUAUAAGAUGGCGUCGCGAGACACAGGUGCUGACACAACUGCAGGGCUUGGCCACACGCCUCCAGCUGCAGACGCCGCCGCCGAGCGUGCCGAUCGCGAAGGCCGACUCGCGACGCGCCAGCAAGCGGCGGCAGAGCGGCGCGUUCGAGAAUGCCGGCUACGAGGUGAGCGAACCGACCAAGAUCAAUAUGGCCGGCUCGCAGGCGCAAGGCCUGAACAUGUACAACAACAAUAAUCCGUUGUUUGGCUCACAAAACGAAUUCAAUGCGGCGAUCUUCAUGCCACAGUACAUGCAACAGUUCAACGGCCACGCUUACGGUCACGGCGGCAGCGGCGUGCAGAUGCGCAACGCCGGCAAUCGCGCCCAAUCGCUUAUGGAUCUGCGCUGCACGCUACCCGGCAUGUAUAAUCCGCGCUACGUGCUCGACACGGAGGACAAAAACGGCAAAUACUUCAACAUCACCAUUGACGACCUGAAGAACAGCAUACAGGACUCGAACAAGCACCAGCCACCGCCGUCGGUCAUCGGUUCGGUGAACGAUCCCAUCUACUGUUCGAUUGAGCCGAAGUUGCCCACACCGCCGCAGCAGCGUCAACGCACGCCAGAGAAGUCCGCACAGGCGUCGUCGUCGUCGGGCAAGUUGACACGCAACUGCAUUUCGCUGGAGAAUUUGGAUGGCAUUACGAAGGUGCAAAACGAGUUGGCUGCCUAUGGCAACAAUUUGUUGCAGAACUACACACAACAACAACAAUACUACUUGGCCAUGCUGAGCGGUUACUUAAAUAAUCCGGUGCACGGCACGGGCGUCUAUCGGCGACCGUCGAGCGGCUCGGCGGUGGGUCCUUUCUCGGGCACGGUGUUGGCGCAACCGCUGCCGCGGCGCAACUCACAGCAGCUGCAGUAUUAUGGCGGCUUCGACUAUGCGAACUACACGAAUCCCUACAUAACGGCGAACAGUAAACUGUCGCUCGGCAAUGAGUCCGACGAUUAUCGGAAAUAUCGCGAUGUGGCGCUGUAGGCGCCUAGCAGAUGUUUUGUAGGUUAUGUUUUAGGUGCUAGUGAAUGAGUCAAUGUUUACUUUAGUUUUUAGUUUGAUGUUAGGUUGUAUUUUUUUAAUAAAUAUUUAGGAUUAGUACGAAUAUAGACAUUUUUGGGCUAAAGCCACAUAAGCACUGAUUGACUAUACUUAUAUUGAGGUUAUGAUAAAAUAAUUUGAUUAAAUUAUAAUAAUCGACCCGAAUAAAAUGUACUUGUAUA